AUGCAUAGACAGAUGGAUAAUUCAACAUCAGCAUCAACAACUAUUUUAUCAACAAACUUAAGUUCAUUUGUUUAUGAAGAUUUAAUAUGUUAUAUUCAAGUUAUUCAAAAUCAAAUGAUCGAAAUCGCAAGAUAUCUUGAUACUCAGUGGAAAAAUGACAUGACGAUACGGCAGGAUUUAAAAUCACGUUCAAUAACAUUUAUUGAUCCAUAUAGUACUCCAAUGAUUAACAAAUAUAUGGAUCAUGAAUCGAUAAGGACAUUGUUUAAAAAGUACAAGAAGGAUUAUAUACCCAAAUAUUUUAUUCUAAUAUCCAGAGAUGAUUAUCAAUUUAUUACAUAUGAUAAAUUGAAUAUCUCGAUAGAAUAUAGUGAAGAUGAACCACCUCGACAAUUUGUGAUACGUGUUCUUGUUAUGUACAUACUAUACAGAAUAUUCUAA